GUGUCCUACCCAGCAUGGCAGCCCCUCUCCUGCUGCCGCCGCCGGACCCCCAGUUUGUCCUUCGAGGCACUCAGUCACCAGUGCAUGCACUGCAUUUCCGUGAAGGAGCCCAGGCUCAGGGGCGUCCGCUCCUCUUCUCAGGGUCUCAGGGUGGUCUGGUGCACAUCUGGAGCCUGCAGACACGGAGAGCUGUCACCACCCUAGAUGGCCAUGGGGGCCAGUGUGUGAUCUGGCUACAGACGCUGCCCCAGGGACACCAGCUUCUCAGUCAGGGUCGGGACCUGAGGCUGUGCCUGUGGGACCUGGCAGAGGGCAGGAACACUAUUGUGGACUCCGUGCGCUUGGAGAGUGUGGGCUUCUGCAGGAGUGCCAUCCUGGCUGAGGGCCAGCCACGCUGGAUGCUCGCUAUGCCGGGGAAGGGCACUGAUGAGAUUCAGAUCCUGGAGAUGCCAUCCAAGACGUCAGUGUGCACCCUGAAGCUGGAGGCAGAUGCCAAACCAGGCAUGCCCAUGUGCCUGGGGCUGUGGCAGGCCAACUGUAGCCCCCACCCUCUCCUCCUGGCCGGCUAUGAGGAUGGAUCGGUGGCCCUGUGGGAUGUCUCUGAGCAGAAGGUGUGCAGCCGCAUUGCCUGCCAUGAGGAGCCCGUCAUGGGUCUUGACUUCGACUCCCAGAAGGCCAGGGGCGUCUCUGGCUCCGCGGGGAAGGUGCUGGCUGUCUGGAGCCUGGACGGGCAGCAGGCCCUGCAGGUACAUAGAACUCAUGAACUCACCAAUCCUGGGGUUGCUGAGGUCACAAUCCGGCCAGACCGCAAGAUCCUGGCCACCGCGGGCUGGGACCAUUGUGUGCGUGUGUUCCACUGGCAGACUAUGAGGCCACUGGCCGUGCUCGCCUUCCAUAGUGCCACUGUCCAGUGUGUGGCCUUUGCGAGAGAUGGCUUGCUGGCUGCAGGCUCUAAGGACCAACGCAUCAGCCUCUGGUCACUCUACCCACGCACAUGACUCACCUGUUCCCUCCUCAGGAGAUGCAGGGGCAGGGAGCAGGUACCAGACUCCAACCUUGACUGGAACUGUCCCUCAGGGCCUUUGAGGAUCAGCAAAUUGUGGCUCAAGGACUAUGGAGUCCUCACUACCUUCAACUUUUUCACUAUUUUCCCUUGGUGAAAUACACUAUCACGUCACAGUGACUGGGGUAAGGGAUGCUGGUUUGGUCUGGUUGCGUUGCCAGUCUGAGAAUAUUUUACAAUAAAUUUUCUAUUGCAAACCUG